AUGCUCCACGUCAGGCUCGCUCCUGGGCCUGCACCGCGUAAUUUAUCUAGGAGAUGGGAUUCCAGUGCAUACCUACAUAGCUGGUGUUCCGUUCCUUGUCCAAGCAGGCUCAGUCUCUCGAGGACAUAUUCAAUUAAAUCUUCUUCGAUUGGUAGCGCCACGGGACUUUGUCUUGGGCAAUGUUGCCGCAUCAAGCCUUUGUCCUGCAAAUGCAAGCUAGGUAGGUCUUCUCAGCCGCCACCUGACUCGAGGCAACAUUUUAGUGCAUCUUCAUCCGCAUCAGAGGCGGUUCUCACUGCGCAGUCCGAUAUCCGGAAACUUUUUGUUGCCAAUGAGAAAAUCGGCGUUCUGCUGCUAAACCUUGGAGGCCCAGAGACCCUUGAUGAUGUCCAGCCUUUCUUGUUUAAUCUCUUUGCUGAUCCGGAUAUCAUCCGUCUUCCUAGGGUGUUCCGCUUUCUGCAGAAGCCGCUAGCACAAUUCAUUUCUGUUGCAAGAGCGCCAAAGAGCAAGGAAGGUUAUGCAUCCAUAGGUGGUGGUUCACCUCUUCGACAAAUUACUGAUGCGCAGGGAGAAGCACUUAUGGAGGCAUUAUGUGGAAAGGAUAUCCCUGCUAAGGUGUACGUGGGAAUGCGGUAUUGGCAUCCCUUCACCGAGGAAGCUAUAGAACAAAUAAAAAAGGAUGGAAUCACAAAACUUGUUGUACUACCUCUUUACCCCCAGUUCUCCAUAUCGACCAGUGGUUCAAGUCUCCGUCUUCUGGAGAGCAUAUUCAGCUGCAAUGUUAGAGAGGAUGAGUAUCUGGUCAAUAUGCAACAUACGGUUAUUCCUUCUUGGUAUCAGCGUGAAGGAUAUAUUAAGGCCAUGACAACUUUGAUCGAGAAGGAAUUGUUGAAAUUUCCAAAACCGCAGAAGGUUAUGAUAUUUUUCAGUGCUCAUGGAGUUCCUCUGGCAUAUGUUGAAGAAGCUGGUGAUCCGUAUAAAGCAGAGAUGGAAGAGUGCGUGGAUCUUAUCAUGGAGGAGCUCGAAAAAAGAGGAAUGGCAAAUCCAUGUACACUUGCUUAUCAGAGCCGAGUAGGACCAGUGGAAUGGCUGAAACCCUACACUGACGAGACAAUUAUUGCUCUUGGGCAGAGAGGGGUAAAGAGCCUUCUAGCAGUUCCCAUUAGUUUUGUCAGCGAACACAUUGAGACGUUAGAAGAAAUUGACGUCGAAUACAAGGAGCUGGCUUUGCAAUCUGGUAUCAAGCACUGGGGACGAGUUCCCGCUUUAGGUUGUGAGCCCACAUUCAUUUCAGAUCUGGCGGAUGCUGUUAUCGAAAGCCUGCCUUAUGUUGGCGCAAUGGCAGUUUCCAACCUUGAGGCUCGGCAGUCACUGGUGCCACUUGGAAGCGUGGAGGAGCUGCUAGCAGUCUACGACUCGAAACGCGACAUGCUGCCUCCUCCGGUGAUUGUGUGGGAGUGGGGCUGGACGAAGAGCGCCGAGACAUGGAAUGGACGUGCUGCUAUGCUGGCCGUGUUGGCUCUCCUGGUGCUGGAGGUAACAACCGGACAGGGGCUCUUGCACCAGUGGGGUGUCUUGCCACCUCUCCCUUAA